CUUUGAGAAUCGGCGACAUUGAAAAUAAUCUUCUGAGAGACUCUGGUGAGAGAUUCUUCUUACCUGAGGAGUUUGUGUUUCAGUAGUGGAGCUCUGAUCCCUUGUUCUUCUUUCCUGUCUUGGCUAGAGAGAUCCGAGUCAAGCACAGAAGAGUUCGAUUCACGAGUUGGACUGUAUACGUUUCGGAUUAAUCGAUGAUGGCAUCGAGUGAAGGGUUUUUGACUAAUGGACAGCAGAAGAAACUGGAAUUAGCAGCAACUCAGAAUCUGUUAUCAUCACCAGAAUCUCCUCCUUUGUUUGCUGUCAAGAAAGGUGGUAUUGCUUGUGGUAAAGAGAAUCGGGGAGAGGAUCUUGACACAGAAGUAGACUGUUCUUGUAUUGAUGGUAAAGAUCCUAAUGAUGUUAAUGGAGAGGAACCAUAUGAACUUGUCGGUUCGCCAGUGUUAGGCCCUUUUGAUGAUUACAAAAGAUCUGUAGUUUCCAUCAUCGAAGAAUAUUUUAUCUCUGUGGAUGUUCAAGUAGCUGCAUCUGACCUUAUGGAACUUGGUUUGAGCGAAUACCAUCCUUAUUUUGUCAAGAGGCUUGUUUCCAUGGCCAUGGACAGGGGCCAUAGGGAAAAGGAAAAGGCUUCGGUGUUGCUCUCUCGAUUGUAUCCUAAUAUUGUUUCACCUGAUCAAAUCAGGGUUGGGUUCAUUAGAUUGCUUGAAUCCAUUGGUGAUCUUGCUUUGGACAUACCUGAUGCUGUUAAUGUCCUGGCUUUGUUUAUUUCCCGGGCCAUUGUCGAUGAAAUUCUUCCCCCGGUUUUUCUAGCUAGAGCAAAGAAGACUCUACCGGAUUCAUCUCAAGGGUUUCAGGUUAUCCUAACUGCAGAAAAGAGCUAUCUCUCGGCUCCUCACCACACCGAGCUAGUGGAGAAAAAAUGGGGUGGGAGCACUUGCAUUACGGUAGAAGAAACAAAGAGAAAGAUAUCUGAAAUUUUGAAGGAAUAUGUAGAGAACAGUGACACUCGUGAAGCUUGUAGAUGCAUCAGGGAGCUAGGCAUCUCGUUUUUCCAUCACGAGGUCGUGAAGAGGGCUUUGGUUCUGGCCAUGGAGUUUCAAACAUCCGAGCCGCUGUUACUAAAACUAUUGAAAGAAGCUGCAGAAGCAGGUCUCAUUAGUUCGAGUCAAAUGGCGAAAGGGUUCUCUCGAGUAGCAGAGAGUCUCGAUGACCUUUCUCUUGACAUCCCAUCUGCUAAGACUCUGUUUGAAUCAAUAGCUCCCAAGGCUGUUUCCGGAGGUUGGCUUACUUUAAAAGAAUGCAAUGAUCAAAACGAAAGCUUACCGAUUGAAGAUGAAAAGCUAAGACAGUACAAGAAGGACACAGUAAUUGUAAUUCAAGAGUAUUUUCUUUCUGAUGACAUUCCUGAGGUAAUCCGCAGUCUUGAAGACUUAGGAUCACCCGAAUAUAACCCGGUGUUUUUGAAGAAGCUAAUCACUCUUGCUAUGGAUAGGAAGAACAAAGAGAAAGAAAUGACUUCUGUUCUUCUCCCUGCUCUUCACAUGGAGAUGUUCUCAACAGAAGAUUUCAUAAACGGUUUCAUCAUGCUCCUUGAAUCCGCAGAAGACACAGCACUAGACAUCUUAGAAGCAUCACACGAGCUUGCUCUGUUUCUAGCUAGAGCUGUCAUCGAUGAUGUCUUGGCUCCGCUUGAUCUUGAAGAUAUCUCAAACUUCUUACCACUAAAAUCAGCCGGAAAUGAAACUAUCCGCUCAGCUCGGUCUCUGAUAACUGCUACACAUGCAGGAGAAAGACUCUUGAGAUGCUGGGGUGGUGGAACGGGCCAGGGGGUGGAAGAUGCUAAAGACAAGAUCUGGAAACUUCUAGAAGAAUACGAAACAGGAGGAGUGAUUUUAGAGGCUUGUCAAUGCAUACGGGAUCUAGGGAUGCCUUUUUUUAACCACGAGGUGGUUAAGAAAACUCUGGUAAUGGCAAUGGAGAAAAAGAAUGAUAUGAUGCUUAAUCUCUUGCAGGAGUGUUUUGCUGAAGGGAUCAUUACUACUAACCAAAUGACAAAAGGGUUUGGUCGAAUCAAAGAUAGUCUUGAUGACUUAUCUUUGGACAUUCCAAACGCAGAAGAAAAAUUCAAUUCGUAUGUCUCUCAUGCUGAAGAAAACGGUUGGCUACACCGUGAUUUUGGGUGCUCUACGGAGACUCUUGACUGAUUCUGAAUCUCUAUACAUAUAUUAUAGUAUAUAGAAAGAUGGAAUUGGUUGGUUUUAUUUUAGGUCUUCUUUAAAUUGUUACCCUUGCUGGUUUCUGACAGAAGGAUCGUUCCAUGUAACUUUUACAUAGGUUUUUUACUAAAGUCUUCAUCUCUUUUAGUUAUUCUUUACUCACAAGUAAUAUGUUCUCUGAAACUUUCCCAGCAAUGAUUCUUACAAUUGAUGGUUA